AUCCGGUUCCGACCCCGUUGCAGGGUCAACGCGACAACCACUUCCGGGUGGCCGUGGUCCCCCCCCCCGACUUGCAGGGCUGAGCCAUGAGUGAGGAGUCCGCUGUCGGAGUGGGGAGUUACGGGGAGGAGACGCUGGGGUCGAAACGGCACCACCGGUGCCAUUCGCUGCACGUUGUCGACACGGAGCUGAGCGCCGACUCUGUGGAGUGGUGCCCGUUGUCUGGGCACGAGACCCUGCUCGCUUGCGGCACCUACCAGAUCUCCAAACCCACAGAAGAGGGUACAUCAGAAGCACCCGUACAGAGGGUGGGAAGAGUGUUGCUGUAUCAGGUGGACGAGAAGAAAGGAGGCAUAGUGGAGGUACAUCGACAGGACACAGCCGCUAUCCUGGAUAUGAAGUGGUGCCAUAAACCCAUAGCCGGAGCCCCCACUCUCUGCACAGCAGAUGCACGUGGGGAAAUACGACUUCAUCAUAUCCAGACUGCAGAGCCUCAGGGCGUUCACCUGAAGCCGGGCACAGCGCUAAGCAUUGGAGACAAUCGGCUCGCCCUGUCCCUCGACUACAACAGCACUGAAUCACACAGUCUCUGUGUAAGCGACUCGCUUGGCUCUCUCUCCCUGCUCCACCUGGACGACUCCACAUCACUGAAACUCCUCUCCCAGUGGAAGGGCCACGAGUUUGAGGCCUGGGUCUCUGCCUUCAACUCCUGGAACCCAAACAUCGUUUACUCUGGUGGAGAUGACAGCAGAUUCUGUGGUUGGGACACACGGACAGACUGUAAGACACCCAUUUUUUGCCAGAGACAUGAUGCUGGGGUUUGCUGCAUUCAGAGCAACCCACACUGGGAUAAUGUAUUGGCCACGGGAAGCUACGAUGAGCAGGUGCGGCUGUGGGAUCCGCGUCACGUGACUCGGCCUCUAGUUUCCUUGGCGACAGGGGGUGGGGUGUGGCGUCUCAAGUGGCACCCCAGCACCCCGGGCUUGCUGCUCUCCGCCUGUAUGCACGGGGGGUUCCGCGUGCUGCACUGUACACCCCCGCAGCACGGCAGGGGUGGCGGCUCUUCGUCGCCGUUGUUACGGGUCCUGUGCUCCUACGAGCAUCAUGGAUCACUCGCCUAUGGAGCUGAUUGGUCGUUGAUCCAACCAGCCCCCACCCCCUUCACUGCCGGUGCCUCCUCAUUGGUGAACACAACCUCUAGCUCCACCUCCAAUGCCACGCCCUCAUUGGUGGAUACAUCUUCAACGGCCGCUCAAUCUUUGGUCAAUACUUCUUCAAGUGCUGCCCCUCUUAGAUCGAAAUCCAAGGGCAACCUUACCAUUCGCUUCGAAUCCUCAACUGGCUUCAUUGACAUCCUCGAUGAUGAUGAUGGCGACGAUGAUGGUGGUUGUGGUGUCAGUGAUGUCGAUGAUGCUGGUGGUGGUCAUAAAUUCCAUCUUGUGGCCACUUGCUCAUUCUAUGACCACGCUCUGCACGUGUGGAGCUGUGAGGUCUAGUGACCCCACGUUUCCCCUUGCCCUAUGUACCCCUUUUCUACUGCACAACCGAGCCAGCCCAGCACAGCUCAGAGGGAGCCAGGCUGUUUUUCCACUGCAAAAGUAAGCUGAGCUGUGCCAUUUAUGUUGCACCCAAUGAAUGAGUUGAGACGUGUAGAUUGCAUGGCAAUGCAGUGUCCUCACAAUGAGUGCUUCAUUUGCCAUGCUCCUGGCCUGGCCCUGCUUGCUCCUGGCCUGGCCCUGCUUGGUCCUGAGCUAGAUUGAGACGUCUUGUGAGACCAGCGUAGUACGGAUUAGUUUUCCGGCUCGGCUCGGCAAACAGCUGGUGAAAAACCACCCGUACUGUGACGGUCUCGUGCUGGCUUGUCUCAAGUGUGCCAUUGGAAAAAGGUGGGGUGGGGGACAUCAGUGUCCUGGUUCAGACUCCCAGCAGUUUGGUAGCUUUACUGUUGCAGACCUCAUGUCCCAUCCAAUAUGAUCCCCUCGUCUAAUUCGAUAGAGGGAGUCGGUCAUAGGUCUCUGUUUAUAUGGGUAUAUAGUCUAUUGGAGAGAACGAGGCACUCCUAGGUCUCUGGGUCCCUAUGUGGGUAUGUCGGUCUCUGUGAGUCUAUGUCAUAGGGAGAAGAGGAUAGGUCUUGAGCAUGGUCUUGAACAGGGGCAGGGAGAUGACAGCAUGGGUGGCUGGGGGAAGGGAGUUCCAGUCUGGCUGUAGCGGAGGAGAAUGAGUGACUUCCCACCGAGUAAAGAACAGAAAGCUUCUCAUCUCAUCCUGUACAGAAACCCUUUAUUAUGAAUGUGCCUUACCAUUUAGUAAAUGUCUUGGAUGCGACUUGAGUAGUUUCAUAAUGCCCAACUGUUACAUGUGUAGUGGGUCCAAGACAUAGAAUAAUGACGUUGUAGAAUCUUUAAUGACCACUUAACCUUCGCAAUGUGAGCAGCCUUUGAACAUAGACCUCUUGAAACACUGGGGUGGUGACUUGCUGGCCCAGCGGAAACGCGUUGGCCGAUUGUUGCAGAUUUUGUCGGUUCUGAUCCAGCGGCCGCCCUGGUUAUUACCGCGGAUGUAAAAACUUAAUUACUCCGCGCCGCCUGCGUCACGGUGGAUGUCAAAAAUCCCCGUGACGUCAAUUUGCCGGAGUAGGCCAUUGUGUGCCGGCGUCGUGGUCCAAAUUUUUGCCAAAUUUAAAACAUUUGCCUCAUGUUACUUAUUCGGGAUUACACACGUAGAUAAUCACUCCCAAAUGUGAAACCCUUGGCAGGACCCUCCUCAAAAGAGUCAUGAGACUCGGCGAGGCUUUUCUGCGUAAACGAGCAUAAUAAGAGCGCCGCCUUCCGGAAGGUGAUGAAUGCGCUGCUUUAAAGUGGGAAGAGAUUGUUCACCUGGGUGGCCGUACGUCCUUACGGAGAGCCACCUUCUGUAACACAAUUGUGAAAAAGUUUGAUUAAAACACGUCUUCCAGAUCUAUUAUCCAGACUAUAAGACGCAUACCCAACUUUUUGUUUAAAAUACGGGGGGUGUGGGUGAGGUGGUGGACAAAAUGUGCCUCUUAUAAUCCGGUGAUUACAGUAACCAAUGUUAUUGAGAUCGGUGGGAGAUUGUGCAGAGGCUUUGAAAGUAAAAUGUUUUGGCGAUGCUUUCUCCGACGUUACAUUAGUGGGCUCCCUGUAAAAUGGACCGCCCUGUAUCGCUGUAGGAACGACGCGCGCAUUUGUACGUGCACUAUCCAUACCAUACUAUGAAAUGUGACGGGCAGGGCUUUUAACACAGCGAUCGAGUUUCCAUUGCAGCUGCCUAUUUGCACUAUGAAUCGCAAAACGUUGAGCAAUGAAAUGUUCAAAGUUAUAUUUUUUUGUCAAAAACUCGUUGAAUAAAAAAAAAGUUUACUGGC